GUUGUUUGGUUCUAGGGUAAAGUGCUGUCCAUCUGUAUCAGACGUGCAGCUCCAUUAUGGCAGGUGAAGCUGGGUUGUGCUGCUGGUCACCUCAAACUGUGGCAGUCCUUCUGCUCCUGUACACUUUGGCCCCAAGUUUAUCUGCUUUUACCUUGCAUGGAUUGAGCAGGAACGCUAAACAGGAUAAGGUAGUUAGUGAGGCCUCAAGAGUGGAGGUAAGGACAGGGAGCAUUCUCUUUAAUGGGAAAGAGCUGAACGCCAAGUCAGGAUCUCCCUCUGCCACUGCCACAAAUGACGAUGGCCUGCCCCAUGUUGAUACAGAUCAACCAGAAGGCUCAGGGAUGUUUGCAGAGACAUCACAGCUGAAUGAAGUCAUGCCCAAUGAAGGAGCAUGGAGGCGCUUGAACCCUGCUUUGCAUUGUGGUCAAACCAAGAUGAAGUUCACAGCCAUGGGACCUGGAGCUGCUGAUUUACAACUCGACAUUGGAAAAGAACAUCCACUUCCUCUGACCCAAUUGCCUGAAAGCUGUGGGUUCUCGCUGCAGCCGAACGCUUUAGGUCUUGUUUUGGUUGCUCCCUACGAUGGCUGCAAUGUGAUACAAGAGAAUGGAAACUAUGUGGUCUCAAUGACAUGGCUAAAGGCUGAAGUAAAAUUGACCUGCCCCAUUUUGCCAAGCCCUGAUGCAACACCUGCUCAGCAUCCCUGGAAUCAUCCUGUACCUCACAGGCCCUCAGGCUUUUAUCGUCCUAAACGCCAUGUUUCCAUCUAUGAUCCUCACAGUCCAUAUUUCUAUUGGUACUACUCAUAUUUGAACCAAGCCAUGGCAACUACUACAACUACUGCUGAGCCGGAAACAACCACAACAUCUAAACCGACAACGGAGAUGCCUCAAAACCCUCCUGUAUACCUUCAAUAUGUGUAUUACCCUCAGUUUUACUCUCCUUACUACUAUUACUACCCUCUCCCUCAGAGUGUACCUGCCACCACGGUACCUGCCACCACGGUACCUGCCACCACGGCACCCGCCACCACGGCACCCAUUAUAACUAGCCCAAUUGGCACAACUAAGCCAAGUGAGACAAGCCCUACAGCAAUGCCGACCACUGCUUCUACCACUACAAAAACGACUAAACCAUGUUCCAAACCAACCACCUCCAGCAGCGGCACCUAUCCAGGCCAAUUGAGUCCAUUUGUUGAGUACUACAAGAGCCCCUUUGCUCCAGUCAUUUCAUAUGCCUACAAUAAGGCUGGCAAGCUCCCAGACUACCAAAAAUAUAUGCCUCAAAAUGGUUACAAAUCUGGACCCCAGGUUCGAGCACACUCAGGCUUCGACUGGCGAGUUGCGCCAUGGUUUUUCUACUCAACUGGGAGAGGCAUUCCUCAACUUAAAUAGUUAUUCAAAUGAUAAGACUAACUUAAACAUUUGUCUGACUUAACUGAGUUGCGGUUUCUCAAACAAAAUGUCUAAUCUUUCAGGGGCUGCUGUUCUGUCAUACUGCGCCUUCAAUAAACAUGUUUUACUCGAAA